AUGCUUGCACUUUGCACACACUCUUUCGAAUUUGUUUACUUUGUUUACCCAGGGUGGAACUCCUGCACUGCAGCUGAAGUAAAUCGGAAAACAACCCCUACAGAGAAGGAAGGGCGUCGUGUCUAUGUCUCGGAGAAGAAGAACCAUAAAAGUUCCCUUCCUAGCAUCAUUUCGCACCGGACCGACUUCCGCCCCGCCUGCGUGGUCCUUGCAGCAACCCUGCACCCACCGAUCCAGGUGUACGGGUCUCACUCUCCCAGACAGAUCCAGGGAGUGAGAAUCGUGCAGGAUGGAACGGGCAGCGGGGACGGGCAGCGGGGCCGCGCAGGGACGCAUGGCCCGCUCUGCUGCAGCUCGGAGGUCGGCGAUGACCCUUUGGGGACUUUCUCUGCUUCUGCCGAAAGCUUCUAA